AUGAUAAAAAAAUAUUUAAAUUUUUUAAAAGAUCAUAAUAAUUUAAUCACUGUAAAAACAAAAAAUAUUGCUUGCAACUUAACUAGAACAUUAAUUUUUGAAUCUAUUGUUCCAUGUAUUUUAUAUUCUAUUCCAAUUAUUAUUAUAAUAAUUUUAUGUAUAACAGGAAGAAAUAAUAACAUUAAAAAUAUUGGAACUUUAACUAUAAGAAUUCUUAUAAUUGGACCACUUUGUAAUUCAUCAAUAUCAAUUUUUGUAAAUAGAAACAACAGGCAAAAUUUGAAAGAAAUUUUAAAUAAUUUAUUAUGUUGUCGAAAUUCAAAAAAUAAUACUGUUAUUCCUGAUAAUAGGUUUACUCAACGAUCAAUUAAAAUUUCACAAUUUCCAGUUUCUAUAGUAAGACAAGAUAGUAGAUUUGCUUUGUUUUAA